CUGUUCUUGGGCUCUAGGGAGGGAGAAGGGCAGAAGCCUGGCUCUGAAGAGCAGGCACAAAAGAUCUGGGGAGAGGUGGCACCUUGCUCUGAAAAGUCCCUAAGUCUGAGGCCUUUCAGUGUGAGCCAAGCAGGGCCUGUGGUGUUGACCUUUGGAAGGGACAGAGCCUGAAGUCCUGGGGGGUCUGGGGGGCUGCUCCCUGGCAUCUGAUGUGUUCCCAGGUGCCCUGGAUCCCACUGGACCCCUUGGCGCCAGACCUAGCACGGUACCCUAGUUACAGUCAGGCCCAGGCCCUUCGCUGCACGGUGCGGGCCGGUGAGAUGCUCUAUCUGCCGGCUCUGUGGUUCCACCACGUCCAGCAGUCCCAGGGCUGCAUCGCAGUGAAUUUCUGGUAUGACAUGGAAUACGACCUCAAGUAUAGUUACUUCCAGCUGCUUGACUCCCUCACCAAGGCUUCAGGCCUUGACUGAUGGAGCACUGGUGAACACGACCAAGCACGCCUCGGGGGACGGGGCCAGCCCCUCCCUGGCCGGGUCAAUUCUCGAGAGAGCCUGGAGUGUGCAUGCUGGCUGCUGGCCCCGGGUCCAGCAUGGCUUGAGAUCAGCUUUGGAGGAUCUUGGAAUGUGGUCAUAAGGACUCAAGGUGCCAGGCAGGUCUGGGUGAGGGUUCUCAGGAAGUUGCCACACAGGUGAGCAGAGUGGGGAUCAGGUGCAGCGGCACCUCUCCCCAGCGCUGUGAUAUUGGGCGAGUCACUGCGUCUCGGGCAUUGGUGUCCUGUCAGUAAAGAGAUAAUAAUGGCUGUACCUUGUGGGGCUGUUGUGGGCUUGGAGAUGAUGUCUAUGAGGACCAGCAUGGAGCUGGCACACAGGACAUGUUGAAUAAAAGGUAGCUGUGA